CAAUUUCAUUCUUAUCAAGUACAGGUAGGUACCUACAUAAAACAGUAACGAUUUUACAUGCUUAGAACAUUAACGCAGCGAGUUUAUUGCAAUACGUUGGUACCUAAAAUAUAUAAUUUUAAAACAAUGAAAGUGAAGCCAGUGUUGUGGACAGUAUUCAUUUCAUUAGCAUUGUUAGCCGAAUCACAAUGUGCAAAUAUUCUUGGAGUAUUUCCUUUGAAAACCAGAAGCCACUACAAUAUAUAUCAACCGGUCAUGAUGGAGCUGGCUAGAAGAGGACAUAAUGUAACGGUGAUUAAUCCAUUCCCAAUAAAUACAAGUCAACAGAAUUUCACUGAUAUCGAUACAUCGGAAUGCUUCUACUUGCAACCUAAUAUCGUUAUGGAUGACGUACAAAUAAUACUAAGUAACCCGUUUCGUUUGACACAUUUAGUGAUUUCAGACGGUGUCGAACCAAUUAGACGAAUGCUACAAUGUGAAAAACUAAAGCAAUUCUUGCAGACGAACGUUUCUUACGAUUUAGUCAUUACUGAGGUAUUCAACGGUGAUGCAGUUUUGGGAUUUGUGGAUAGAUUCAAAGCACAUCAUAUUGCAUUUUGUCCAGGUUCCCUGUAUCCAUGGGCAGCCGAUCGUAUGGGUAAUCCCAGCAAUCCUUCUUAUCUACCGUAUAUUUUCACUGACAAAGAAUUUGAUCGAUUUCAUCCGACGUUUUAUCAGCGACUUUACAACACUGUUUGUUACUUAUUUGCCAAGAUGUUAUACUUGAAUUAUGCCUAUGAAAUGGAAGCUGUUGCCAGAGAUGUAUUUGGCACUGAUAUCUCGAGGCUCGAUGAAAUAGCAAAGAAUACCAGUCUAAUAUUAUCGUAUUCGCAUUUCACUUUCAAUCCUCCUCUUCCUCUUGUGCCAGGUGUGGUGGAAAUAGCUGGAAUACAGAUUUCUACAGCGAAAGCUUUACCUGAGGACAUUCAAAAAUUCAUUGAUGGAUCUGAACAUGGAGUGAUAUAUUUUUCAAUGGGAUCGUUGUUGAAAAUGGAGACCAUGUCCGAAUCAAAACGAGUCGCUUUCUUGACAGCGUUCAGUAAACUACCCCAAAGGGUGGUAUGGAAAUAUGAUGGUGACCUGCAAGGUAAAACUGAUCAAAUUUUCACCUCCAAGUGGUUGCCUCAAAGAGAUAUAUUAGCACAUCCCAAAGUGAAAUUAUUCAUAGCCCAUGGUGGAGCUCUGGGCUCGAAUGAAGCCAUCCACGAAGGGGUUCCCGUUUUGGGAAUUCCAAUGUUUGCCGACCAAAUGCUCAACUUACAAUUUUUACAAUCUCACGGAGCAGCUGAGAUUCUUGAUUAUUCUGACAUAAAUAAUGAAACAGUACUCGAUAAAAUUACACAAGUUUUACAGCCUAAAUACGCAAUAAAUAUGAAAAAAUUGUCGAGAAGAUACAAAGAUAGACCUAUGUCUGCCAUGGAUACCGCAAUUUAUUGGAUCGAAUAUAUGUAAUUCGACACGAAGGAGCUCGUCACUUACGUUCUCCUGCUGUAGAUUUACCCUUAUAUCGAUACUUACUAUUGGACGUCAUCGCUUUUCUGAUCACUGUUAUUUC